AUGGGUGGAGUAGAUAAAGCCGAUAUGUUGAUUUCUUUAUAUAGGGUUGCUCUGAAAAGCAAGAAAUGGUAUAUGAACAUUUUCAGCCACCUCAUCGACAUUUCUCUGAAUAAUGCAUGGCUUGUGUACAAACGUGAAAUGCAGGAAAUGGGUGAUAAUUCUAUACCAUUGAAAAGGUUUCGAAUCCAAAUUGCAGAUGCACUAAUAAAAUCAGACACGCGUAUAAAAAUUGUAAUAGAGCUGGAGCCAUCUCUAUCCGUCACUGAGCAAAACCUGGCAGACCGAGUUCGGUACAUCCUGCGCUCCAACAUAUUUGGUGACGCCGAACUCGAACGACUACGACGUGAGGCUGUUCCCUCAUCGGAUGGAAAUGCUACGGCUGGGAAUGCGGCGCCACUAAUUGCGCAGCAAACUGCAAAUGUGGACGCUGCAUUCAAUAUUCCAUUUGUGGUUGAUUCAGACGAUGAUGGAAUAGUCCCCCACGAACUAGAGAAAAUGAGGAGCAUAUUGGAAGAGUCGAUGCUGGAAACGCGCAGCAUGCCUCUCGAAAAUCGACCGCGACUUCCCCGCAUACCCCUUAGCAAGCGAAAUCUGGCUGUCGUGCGGGCUCUUAACCCAAUGCUGGUGACCUAUUUGGAAGCCAGCUGGGACCUUUGCGAGACGGACUCAAUUCUUUUUGGCGCCGCACUGGCAGUAUGCCGUAUUAUUGGCGCCAAACUUACCAUGGCUGGACGUGCUACUCAACAAGGUAGUGCCAUCCCAGCCUGGAGAAAAAGGAUCGAGGACCGUAUCGCAAAUGCAAGGGCCCUUAUCGACAGACUGACAAGCUUCAGGUCGGGUAAUAAUAGACCGAGAGUUGUGAGCACCGUUAGAAUGGCGUUUGCUGGGACAAAUAUUGGUUUGUCCCAGCCGGAUAUCACGCAGAAACUAACGGAGCGCAUAGAUGACCUGAAACAAAAAACCGCUGCUUGUGGGAAGCGGAUUCGACGAUUUAGCGAGAGGUCAAGGCGGUUCAACCAGAAUCGUCUCUUCCAGAGUGAUCAGAAGAGGCUCUAUAAAUCAUUGGAGCGACCAGAGGUAUGUGGAGCGGGCCCAGGACCAGAUCAGGCUGACACUGUCGCAUUUUGGCGUGGCCUGUGGUCAGAGCCCGUAAACCACAGCGAGGGCCGUUGGAUGGAAGUUGUGGCGAGACAGAGUACAAGUGUUACACCUAUGGACCCGUCACCAUAA